GCCUUUCACAAUCACCACUACUAAUUGAUCCCAUCGUAUGCUCCUUUACACCGCCCUCUUCACUCGACAUCGACGAACGCGGAGCUAGCGGAGGAAGUAGCUUUACACCCAAUUUCGCUUGUAUUGAGUCGCUGUUCCAUUCACCUACACCCUCUGGUCACUAUCUGAGGAUUUCGACGUCAUGGCGGCGCGGCCAAGUGGAGGCAACAAUGGAGGUCCAGUCCAGAAUGACUUGGUUGUGGGUCACUACAGAAUAGGCAGCGAGAUUGGGAGGGGUUCCUUUGCGACGGUUUACAAAGGACAUCACACAAAGAACAAGUCGCUUGCAGCGGUCAAGAUGGUGCAACGAUCGAAGCUUAGUCGGAAGCUCCUCGAGAACCUCGAAUCCGAGAUACAAAUCCUCAAGAAGCUGAACCAUCCCCACAUCGUCGCCCUAACCGACUGCAAGAAGUCGGACAAGUUCAUUCACCUCAUCAUGGAGUACUGCUCCGUUGGCGACCUCUCGAUUUUGAUCAAGAAGCGUGAUCGUAUGGCGUCCGUCCACCCGUGUCUGGAGCCCGUGGCACGCGACUACCCAUCACCACCAGGUGGCGGUCUGCACGAGGUAUUGGUGAGACACUUUGUCAAGCAGCUCGCUAGUGCUCUUGAGUUCUUGCGGAAGGAUGGACUGGUACAUAGAGACGUCAAGCCGCAAAACCUACUACUCAACCCAUCACCAGACUAUGUGGCGGAGCACGGCGAGGAGAGCGACAUGGAGGGGUCACGCAUGCUGGUUGGACUCCGCUCGUUACCGGUGCUCAAGCUUGCCGACUUUGGGUUCGCACGCGUGCUGCCCUCGACUGCUAUGGCUGAGACGUUGUGCGGCUCGCCACUCUACAUGGCGCCCGAGAUCCUGAGCUACGAAAAGUACGACGCCACCGCAGAUCUCUGGUCGGUAGGAACUGUUCUCUACGAGAUGAUGGCUGGACGGCCUCCUUUCAGAGCCCCGAACCACGUGGAUCUUCUCAGGAAGAUACAGACGAAGAACGAUAAAAUCGAUUUCCCCCAGUCUUGCGUUUCGAGUGAUGAGCUCAGGGGUCUUGUGAAGGCAUUGUUGAAGAGGAAUCCUGUAGAGAGGAUGUCGUUCGAAGAAUUCUUUGGGCAUCCAGUAAUAUUGGCGGAGGCACGAGAGACACCCGCGACUACUCCUACUCCUCCUCCCGAGAAGCCCCGUGCAGACUCUAUUGCACGCGUGGAGGCGCAGGAGAUCCGGAGAUCGUCAUCGUACAGGAGGAUCGUGGCGGACCAACGAGCUUUGGGGGUCGAGCGGGAAGAGAGAAAUUUCCGGGAUGCAUUGUCGUCCUCGCCACGACCUUCGAGACCAGUGUCGACCUUCGAGAACUCGGUCCUGCCAUUCGCGACCCACACCCCCAGUCCCGUACCCGCAAUGAACACGCCACCAGAACGGCCUGCCGAAAUUCGAAGGUAUACAACGCAGUCGGGGAGGCCGCAAUCACCACUUCUCACAAGGCCUGGGAUUGCUGCACACGCUACAGCUCCGGCUCGGGAAGAUUUGGUCCUUCAGCGACGCGGUGCAGCGAUGGAACGGAUACACAGCAGAGAGUCGAAUCCAUCGCCAGGCACAUCGUUGAUGAUGCAACAUCGCGAGGCCGAACGAGAGCAACAGCAACGCGAGAGAGAACCGUCUCGCCGUAUGACUCACAAGCGUGGCAACAACAGCCGGGAGCUUCGGAAUUCGGACGAAGACUACGUGAUUGUGGACAAGCACCAGGUCCAAGUCAAUGCAUUUGCCGACGAACUUGCUACAGCGAGACGCGGAGGAGUGACACCUCCUUCCGCUAAUGCCUUGGUACGGAGGUUGAGCUCCGGUGGGACCCAGCGAUCAUCCCCUCGACAGGCGCCCGGGCGUUCUGGCGAAUACGUCCAUCCCAUGGGUUCUUACGAGAGAAAGUACGGAUCGUCGCCUGGUGCCUCGGCAAAGUCGGCCCUCGCGAAAGCGUUGGAGAUUGCAAACAUGCGGCUAUUCGGCGUGGGCCUAUCACCCCCGAACCACAGCCCGCCGAAUAUGGCCUCGCCGUUUCCGCCUUACCCCGGGCCCGGUAGUUUGGUUGUGGUCGGGAACGGUGGUAACCUGAUCGAGGAGGACGCAGUGGCGCUACAUACCAUCGAGGACAGUGCCAGCCGAAGCGAUGUGGUGUACAACUUUGCGGAGGUCAAAUAUGCGCAGCUGAUGCCUUCGACCGGACCACAACCUCAAGGCCUGGGACUGCUAGCGACCGGCGGCGUGCAGCUGGAGCCUUCCGAUGGCCAAAACAGCUUCGAGCUUACCCCGGACGCCACCAUCUUAGCUGCAGAGGAAUGCAUGGUGCUCUUCGUCAAGGUUUUAUCGCUACUGUCGAAGGCCACCGACGUCGCACAUGUAUGGUGGGCUACAACGAAUCAGCACGGCAAGCCAGUCUCAGCUGCACGUACGGCCGCCAGCACCCGCAUGAAUAGCGUGGUCCAAUGGAUUCGUGAGCGAUACAACGAAGUACUGGAGAAGGCACAGAUUGUGCAAGAGAAGAUCAUCGAGGCGCAGAAGGAUCUUCCACUCGGUCACCCGAGCCACCCGAGCAACUACAACAGUGAUGUGACCCAUGGCUCCACCGACGGCAACUUCAUGCUCACAACGGGUGUGACGGCCGAAAAGCUCAUGUACGAUCGGGCUUUGGAGAUGAGCAGAGCGGCGGCCGUUAACGAGCUGGUUGGCGAUGAUCUGCCCGGAUGCGAAGUCGCAUAUGUCACGUCGUUACGUCUUUUGGAAGCCAUGCUCGAGAAGCGUGACGACGAUGAGAUGAAUCUGGAUGAUGAUGACAAGAAGCUCAUUGAGAAGUUCCUCGUCAACAUUCGACAACGGCUCAACGCGAUAAGGAAGAAGAUGGAUGGACUGGCUCGUCGAUCACCGAUAAACUCCGCCCAUGGAUCGCCUCAUCUCCGCCAUUUCUCGCCAUCUCCGGGUCUCACUUCUUCAUCGCCGGUUCCUAGCCAUCGUUAACUUUUUGGUUACCAUGCAUCAUCACCAUCGUCAGCGGCAGCAUCAUCACUAUUUAGCGGGCAUAUGGUGCGGUUUUUUUUCCCCCUGCUCCAUUUUUUUAUGAGACACAGCGGUACAAGAUA